UUACUUUAACAUUUGUUCUCUAGUUCUGCAAGGAUAAAAAUAAUGCUCAAAAACGAAUUAAACAUUCACAUAAAAAAUAUAAAAAACAUCAACGACAAAUCAAGCAACUAAACUGCUUAUUAAAAUUUACCUAAUUCAUGAUAAGUUCUUUAGUUAAAUGUCAUUUAAAAUGGUACGCCAAAAACAUGUCAAAUGAUUCGUAUGCGUGUACGCAAUAACGAUGGUAGUGGCGUGCCUAGUGAGCGGGAGAGAAAGUUUUAGCCUCCAACACCGCUCUCUCUCUCUCUCUCGCGGGCAAUUUCAAACAGCAGUGGAAAAUCCUUUCUACCACCGAAAGGCACGGUGUUUUCCAACAUCGUUGUCAUUCGUUUCGGUUCGGUCGGUGCUGCUACUGCUGCUGUCUUGCGUGCUCGUUCUGUACGCAUGUGGAAAAGUGCAGUUCUUGGGUGGGAGAAGAGUGAAAAAGAAAAUAUAGAAACAACCAUUUUUCCGUACAUUCGUAAUCACAUCCGUGGUGUGUGUGUCUGUAAAUGUAAUCGAAAGUUUAGUAACAACUGAAAGUAAAGAAAAAAACACAAUCCAACAAUUAAUGCAACCAAUUCAAUAAUACGUCCAAUUGCGCAAAACAUUGCGAAGUUACGGAAGAUUAUCUUCCGUCGGCCAUCGUCGGCUGCCUAAGGUGUGCUGUUUCUAGGUGUGUGUGUGUAUGUAAAAGCGCGUGUGUAUGUUUAUUUUACCCUCCCGUUUUACCGGAGCGGUAACAGUAGAAAAUAUUUGCAAUUUGGUCCAAACACCCGAGACGGCGAUGCAAAUACAGUGCUUUGCUGAUAGUGCUUUGCAGUAAUAUCCACAAUACUCCCUCACACCCACCCAACCAGCAGGGCAGUGGCGUUUCACAAGUGAAUGCUACAAAAUGUCGUCCAACAGUGAGCAGAACUGCGAGGUGCAGCUGGCCGCCGAAAUCGAGGUGUUGAAGAGUGCGCUGGCCGACAAGCACUCGCAGCUGCUGGCAAUGGAAAGUGCCUGUCUGCAGGAGAGUGACCGGCAGGUCGAGCUGGAGGAUAGCAUCAUCGCCUGGCAGGACAAGUACGAGCGGCUGUACGAGUCGCACAAGCGCGUCCAAAAGCUGAACCAAAACCUGGAGGACAAGCUGCUGAAGCUGGUCGAUCGUAACUCGGGCGAACGUGCGCAGCUGACGAGCGAUGUGGCGACGCUGAGCGUUCGGUUGGCCCAGGCCAACUACAACAUCCAGAGCUUGAAGCGGGAAAUUGACCGCUACAAGACCGACAUCAGUGUUGCGAUACAAUUGCUACAGUGUAAGCCGGACAGCUUCGUAUCGCCUAAACUUUCCUCGCUUCCAAUCGAAAUUCAAUCGAAAGUGGCGACGUACAUGCGGCUCGACACGAACUCACACUCGGACUCGGAGGGUAGCACGAGCGGCGUUGGUAUGGCCACCACCAACGCUUACCACGUGCUGCCAGCCUCCGACAGUCCACCACCCAUCUGUCCCUUCCCUCCGACCGCCAUGGUCUAUUCCAUGCGAGGACUUGGUAAGUGUUAGUAGCCGAGAAGUGUGUAGCGGUUGCAUAGUUUUUGCCUUCCUCCAGAUCCUGCUAAAGGGAACGCUUGCCCACCCAGAAACGUUAUCCAAAAAAAAAAAACGCGAAUUCGUUGGGAUCCGUAGCUCUUCUGUUCUGCUGUGUGUUUGUGCAUGUGCUUAUUAUCGAUAUUGUUUGCUUGGCACUUGCAUGUCUGUUGUACAUAAACCUGGCUUAGCCCAAACGGCGAACGCUCGGAAGCACUUUAUUUUGCUUUUGUUUUGUAAAUAUACUUAAUUUUUAUAUUUUUGCAUUGCAGAAAUUAGCUUCUUUUCUUUUCCUCUACCCAAAUGCAAACCAAUUUUGAAAAAAAAAAUCAUUAAUGAAUUAGAUUUCUUUGCACAUUUUGCUUUGCUUCCUUCGAGGCUUCAACGCCAUCAUUUAAAAAGUUCGUUUUCCGCGGCACUGACUUUAAUUUUCCUCUCCUUACAUAUUUGCACUCGUGAACCUGAUGCAAGUGGCGGCCCGCUUAUUUAUGCAGCAGCAUUCAAACUACAUUAAUUUCCAUUAUCAUCCGCUGGCAUUUCUUUCGUAUCCUUCGGCAAUCUAUGGGCGCUUUCAGCGCACCGUUCGUUGUAUUUCUUCACCCCUGCUGCAGGGGUUUUCGACUUUAUUUUUUGGGUUCUGAAAGCUUCAAAAAUAUGCGAAAAAGAGAAAUUUGAGAAACUUUAAAAAA